AUGAUAAGGAGACUGCGAGAACCCGAUGUCUCUGAACCACCAGAGUUUGUUCUUGUCUGUGAACAGUCCAAGGGCGAUACUGUGAACUGGCGCUUCUCCCCAUCUUUCAUAAUAGAACCCGCCAGCGCUGUCGAGGUGCUGGAAAAAUUGGUUGUAGGCCUUGGAUCUGAAAAAGUCCAUGUUACCAAUCUCGAAAGCCGACCAAAAGUGGCAUGUGGAGUAGCCGUGGGCGAUUUCAGUGUAGGCUGGAUUCUGGAUCGACUCGGUCAGCCAAUUGAACGAGGCGUUCUGGCUGAUGUAGUUUGGAUGCUUUUGCACAAACUCCAGAGCCGUGGGCCACAAGGUCUCGAUGGUGUACGGGUUGUCGUACAGAGAUAUGGCGAACCCGUAAGUGAGGUCGUUCUGUUCCAUGAACUUGAACACAUCGUAGUUGACCUCGCAAUGAUACUGACUGCCCGGCUCGAGAUUCCAGUAGUACUUGAAGUUUUUCAGAGACUCGGCUUUGUAAAAGUAGCCCGCUUUGAAUCUCAUCUUGUGGUGAUAAUUGAGAUCGUCUGCGUAUCUAACACCGUUCAAGUUCAAUUUCUCGACCCCUUGCUUCUGUUUGGCAGGGUCAAUGUUGGACGGGGUGGACCAGACCGAUUCCGGGAUCUGUUCGAAAAACACCUCUCCAGAACAAAUUUGUUUCACCCUGGAUUGGAAGUCCUCGGUAAGCGAAUCCGGGCUUAG